AUGAUACGCCUCAUCCAGCUCGUAACAUUUGCUGGGCUCUUGCAAGAGAGUCUCAGUGGAGUUAUCGACCGACACACCCGUCGAGACUCAUUUCCAAAGUUUCCACAUGAUGAGAGGACAACCACAGAUUGUACCUGGUGGUUUGAUAUGAAUGAGCCAAUAUCUUGCAAUCAACUGUUAGAGGAUAACGUCAUUACUAUUGAUCAAUUCCGUCGAUGGAACCCUACCAUCACUGCCGAGUGCGGAGGUAUGGCUGUAGGCAAUUCGUAUUGUGUCGAAGCCUGGUUUGAGUCAAUCCCUCAGCCUCAGCCUGGGACCUCUGCAAAACCAACUGCUACUAAGCCUACGCAGGGCACGCCGGUCAAACCCACUAACGGGGUCAAGACACCCGAGCCACUUCAACCAGAUGUUGUUAGCAAUUGCAAAACAUUUCACUUCGUUCAGAAAGGCGAAACUUGCUCUUCAAUCGCGGUGAAGAAUAAGAUCUCCCUCUCAAAGUUUCUGGAAUGGAACUCCGAGGCUCAGUCAGACUGCUCUGGCCUCUGGUCGGAUGCAUGGGCUUGCGUUAUGACACUUGACUACAAGGAAAAUAAUAACACACCAACACCUUCGCCAACCACGCCAUCAAACGGCAUCAAUACUCCCCAGCCCACACAACUUAUUCUCGCCGACAAUUGCAACAAAUUCUAUUUUGUAAAGUCAGGAGAAAGCUGCGCAUAUCUUGCUUCCAAAUAUUCCAUCACCAAAUCUGAAUUUCUAAAGUGGAAUCCGUCAGUUGAGAGUGACUGUGGUGGCUUGUGGGCUGAAGCCUGGGCGUGUGUCUCGGUGAUCGGCCACCAAAAGCCGUCGACUACUGCCAAGCCAACAGCCACUGCAAAGCCUUCAGCAACAAAUAACGUACCAACGCCCGUUCAGGCCGGGAUUGCCGAGGGAUGCAACAAAUACCAUCUCGUGCAGAAGACCACGACUUGUGACUCGAUUGAGAAGCAUUACACUCUUCCAUUUGCCACCUUCUUUAAGUGGAAUCCUUCAGUGGGAAAUAACUGCCAGUCCCUGUUGGCUGGAUACUAUGUCUGUGUAAGCGUUACUGGUUGGACACCGACCCCCACAACCGGCAACAACGGAGUCGAGACGCCUCUACCCAUACAGAACGGAAUGACCAGCUCGUGCAACAAGUUUCACCUCAUUUCCAAGACAACGACAUGUUCAUCAAUCGAGUCAUACUACAAGAUCGACAUGACGGAUUUCAUGAAGUGGAAUACUGCUAUCAACCGAUCGUGUACUAACCUGUUGGCUGGUUACAAUGUGUGCAUUGGGGUUAUUGGACAGAAGCCAAAGCCUAGCCCGACUACUCCCGCUGGUGUACAGACCCCAUCACCUGUCCAGACAAACAUGGUCAAAGGCUGUAAGAAGUUUCAUCUUAUCAAGCCAACGACUACAUGCGCAUCUAUUCAGAAUUACUAUAAGAUCUCUUGGGCCAAUCUAUAUAAAUGGAAUCCCGCUAUUGGAUCUGCAUGUACCUUGUUGUGGGAGAAGUACUGGGUGUGUGUGGCUGCUUGA